ACGCUAAGGAAACGCUCUCAAGCCGCUCCAACCUAUACACUGAGAGAAAAAAACUGAAAAAAAAAGUUAAUCCAGGGUUGCUUAUAAAUGUACCAGGACAGCGGCUGCAGCAGCAGUAGCAGUCGACGUGGCAGCAGUGCAGCAGCAACAUCUGCAACAACUGCAGCACCAGCGGCAGCAACAACAACAACAACAACACCAGCAGCUGGAGCAACAACAACAGGAAGCAGCAGCGAGGAAGAAACACUCGAAACGCUUACAAUUAUAACAACAACAACAACAAUAACAGAGACCGAUUUAAAUGCGGCUGCCACAGCGACAACAACAACAACAACAGUUAUAGCAACAACAACAGCGGCAGCAACACUAGCGACACUUGCCACGGGCGGCGAAACGGCAACAUUGGGCACUGCAACACCGGUGGCGCAGGCCAUCAGCGACAUCGAGGACUCGAGUCUGGUGGAGAGCGAUAGCGAGGAGUGCCAGUAUAUAGAGAUAGUCCAGGACGGUGCCACCACCAACAGUAGCAACAGUAAUAGUCAUAGUCAUAGUAGCAGCGGCAAUGCGGCACUGCAGCCGCAACAACAACAACUACAACAAUUGCAACAACAAGUGCCACCGGCCGUUGCAGCGGAUGUACGUUUGUUGCGAAAAAUCGGCUAUAUUGCAUCGCGAGUGCGGUGUCUGGCCAAGUUCUAUGGUGACUUUCGGUUGGUAAAUCCGUACAGUGCCCGACGGCAGCGUCGCCAGCUGCAGGAGAUCCUGUUGCGUCACUCGAUCUUUGAUCCUGGCAAGGAGCACCAGCGUGCCAUCGUUUUGGCAGCAGCAGCGGCAGCAAUACUCCCCCCAGCAGCAGCAGCAGUAGUUGCAACAUCAAAGGAUUGCAGCCGAAGUCGAAGUCGAAGCAGCAGUAGCAGCAUUGAGGCGGUAAGCAGUGAAUUGGAGGAGCAUCCGGAGCAGGAGCAACAGGAGGAGGAUCGAGAGGACAACGAUCUGGAGGUUGAGGUGGCCAGAAAGUGCUCGACUAGCUCCACAAUAAGCGGUACUGGCAGUGUUUCCGCUUCCGUUUCAAUAUCCGCUUCCGGGUCGCAAUCCUUUGCCGUGGCCAGCACAUCGCCCAUCACCCUGCUGGAGGAGCUGCUGAUACAGUUCUACGAGGAUCACGAGCAACAGCACUGCAGUAAUCUCACUGUCAUCCAGCAACAGUUCACCACCACCUGCAGCAACAAUAAUCUAAAUAACAACAACAACAACAAUAAUAAUAAUAACAAUAACAAUUGCCAGAGCAUACAGAACAACAACAACAUGUCCACAUCCUUGUCGAAUAUGUCAGUUGUGGGAGAACAGCAGCAACCAGCAGAGCAGCAACAGGUCUUGCCACAACAACCUGCCACAUCUAGUAAUGCUGGCGCAGUGACACUGGCAGCAGCAACAACACCACCGCCGCCACUCGCCACCGUUGCCACGUCAACAACACCUGCAACCACGGGCAGCACACACUUACAGCCCAGCCACUUCACGGACAGCAAUCCCGACAAUCCCCGACGCCGUCGCGCCAGCGAUUGUUCCGCCGUUCAGGCCGCCCUCCAGAACCAACUCCAUUGCAUUACACUGAAAAAUAAUAACUGCACCAGCGGUGGUGGCGGUGGCGGCGGUGGCAAGUCAAUGCCCUUUCAUCGCGGCAGCUGCGGGGCUGCCGGCGAGCAUCUGCUGGCAGCCAACUCGAUCGCCAAUCGCGCCACGAUCAUACUGAGCAAGUCCUGCAGCAAUGUGGACGGCGAUGCCAUCAAUCUGGGCCUGGGCCUCGGCCUGGCCGGUGGUGGUGGCAACAAGCUGAGAGCCAGUGCGGCAGAUAUCGAAUCGAAUGUGGCACUGAACGGUGCCAAUAACGGAAAUGGAAAUGGCAACGGGAACGGGAACGGCAAUGGUAACGGGAACGGAAAUGCAAACAGGAAUGCUAACGGAAACGGAAACGGGAACGGUAACAACGAGUACAGCAUCCUGCAACUGAACAACACGAUCAUCCAGUGCCACUUCAACGACGAUGACUUUCGUGCUCUGGUCAAGGACCUCAAGCGCAAAGUCGAGUACACGGAGCGCAUGAAUUGGCUAUGCCUCUCGAAACGUCCUCUAGGACCGCCGCACCGGAAAAGCAGUCUACCAAAGCAUCAGGAGGUGAAGCGACGCUUCCUCGAAAUUUGUGAUACGACCUUCUCGGAUGAGGUGAAGGCCGCCCUGCGCCUGCCCGCCUUCGAUUCGUACGAGUGGGGGGACGCCGAUGUCAUCCAUUUGAUGCAAACGAUGUUCAUCGAACUGGGAUUCAUCGAGAAGUUCAGCAUUCCGGUGGACACACUACGCGAGUGGCUAUACGAGGUCUACAAGCACUACAACGAGGUGCCGUUCCACAAUUUUCGGCAUUGCUUCUGUGUAGCACAGAUGAUGUAUGCCAUUACAAGACAGGCCAACUUGCUGAGCCGCCUGGGCGAUCUGGAGUGUCUGAUUCUGUUGGUCUCCUGCAUCUGCCACGACCUGGAUCAUCCCGGCUACAAUAAUAUCUACCAGAUUAAUGCCCGCACCGAGCUGGCACUCAGAUACAAUGACAUCUCACCGCUGGAGAAUCAUCAUUGUUCGAUUGCCUUCCGAUUGCUGGAACAUCCCGAAUGCAAUAUCUUCAAGAAUUUUAGUCGCGACACCUUCAACACCAUUCGCGAGGGCAUCAUCCGCUGCAUUUUGGCCACCGACAUGGCCCGUCACAAUGAGAUCCUGACCCAGUUCAUGGAGAUAACGCCCGUCUUCGACUACAGCAAUCGUGCUCACAUUAAUCUGCUUUGCAUGAUCCUCAUUAAGGUGGCGGACAUUUCGAACGAGGCCCGGCCCAUGGACGUGGCCGAGCCCUGGCUGGAUCGCCUCCUGCAGGAGUUCUUCGCCCAGAGCGCCGCCGAGAAGUCCGAGGGCUUGCCGGUGACACCCUUCAUGGACCCGGACAAGGUCAGCAAGCCGGGCUCCCAGGUCCGUUUCAUCGGGCUCGUCCUCUUGCCGCUGUUCGAGGCCCUCGGGGAACUGGUGCCGGAGCUUACGGACCUGAUCAUCAUACCCGUGCGCAUAGCCCUCGAGUAUUACAGACGCCUCAACGAUGCCCAGACCAAGACCCGCAAGUCGGUGGCCGACAGCAACACCUCCGCCACCUCGGACAGCAACAGCGGCACCAUCGACUCGAAUGCCGCCCUUGUCAGCACUCCCGGGGCGGCCAGCGACAAACUGAGUCUCGACAAGACCCAGGGCAACUCCCAGAGCUCGGGCGGGGGCGGAGGAUCCACAACCGGUGGCGGCGGCACUGGAUCCGGCUCCGGUGGUGGGGCCGGUGGCAGUGUCUCACCGCAGAUGCCGCGCUCCGGAUCCGGAAUCAGUGUCAAAUCGCGGCGCAGCAUACCGUCACAGAAAUCGGCAUCCCGGACGUCGGUGGACGAGCCCGGCGGCAUGGCGGCGGAGUUGCAUGACUUGCCGGAGGGCAGCGAAAGUGGCGACUCGGAAACGGCCACCGAAGUGGAUGUGGCUGAGAAGACGUCCAAGUUCAAGGUGGACACGGAGGGCAGCAGCAACCGGAGCAAAUCCUCGCACUCCACGUCCCGGAAAUCGUCGCGCGAGAAGCGCCCCUCAAUGAUCGGGGAACUGUGCAGCAGUGGUGGCGGCCAAAGGAUCCGUAACUCCUACGGCAACAUCCACGGCUAUCAUGGCAACCAGCGGUGUCACUUCGGCAACAACCGGGCCGUCAGCCUGGACCAGUACAGUUCCGGGGGCAACAAUCGCCGGCUAUCGGACGGCCUGCCCCAGGUCAUCUCCGACAGCAAUGUCUUUUACGGCCAUCGUCACAUCCGCAGCAGCCUGGAGACCACCAAUACAGGGGGCACGGUGGUGGGUAUGCCGCCGCACGACACCAAUGCCAAUACCAAUCUCCAGGGCAGUGUCCAGCUGAAGGAGCUGCUGGCCCGCACCGAGGCCGAUUCCGAGGGCGAGGGGGAGGUGGCCAUGGAGGAGAAACUGCCGUCGGACGCCACCCAGAUGACCGCCCAUGUGACCCAGCUGGUGGUGGUCGGCACCUCCUCGUCGAACGGCAAUAUCUCGGCCCCUAUCGCCGUCGGCGAACAGAUCCUGGCCAGCAACGGCAGCACCCGGAGCAGCGGCAGUGGCGUGGCCCCCGGUCCGGGUGGAUCCCCGGUUGGCGGCGGAGGAGCUGGCCCCGGAGCGGCCAGUGGCAGCAGCUCGUGGAAGUCCCGACUGCGCCAGUUCUCGGACUAUUUCAGCUUCAGCUUUGACAAGAACAACAAACGAUUUGGGAGCACACGGAGCAGUCCGUGUCCGGGAUCGGGAGGAUCUCAGUCGCAGACCCAGUCGCACGCCAGCUCUCAGGGCAGGGCCAAUAACAACGCCAACGGUGUCUCCGAUGGCCAGGAGGGUGGAGCAGCCACUGGAAAGUGCUGUAGCAUUGGGAAGCCUGUAACUGGAACUGGAGCAGGUCGGUCCCUCACCGAUCCCCUGCAACGGCAUCGCGCCUACAGCUUGGAUGUGCCCGGAAGCGGUGGACGCUACUCCUCCAACGACAGCAGCCGGCAUCCCAGCAACAACACCCUGCAGAGUGCAGCUGCCCAGGAUGUGCCGGCCUGUGACCUGGCCAGCGGCUCCUCGUCGGUGCCAUUGGAGGGUCCAAAGAUUUGACAACAGGGG